UGCGCACGGCUCCGACGGCGAGCGGCGGCGGCGGCGGCGGAGGUCGUGAAUUCUAAUCAGGACAAGGAGCCACCAUGAACGAGCGUGUUUGUACGCGUCCUGCGUCGUCUUGAAGAACCCUUCCGAGGAGGUGUCGUGUCGCCCGGCGAAGGUGCUCGUUCCCGCCUUGAGGACCGUGAACGCCUCUUGAGGCAUCGGUCAUGCUCUCCGGAUUGGGUAGUCAGCUCUUGCGGUGUCCUGAGGCUACGUCUGAAUGAGGAGACACACAGUCAUCCACUGCCGACCUACUGACUAAACGCCUCACGCUAACACAUGGCUGAUACAACAAGGUUGAGAACGUGGGUGGGAGCGUGAAUCGUGUUGUCCUCAGAAUUACAUCACAUGGAGGUCAAAGGCCAUCUGAUCACAUCCAUGGGUUUGGUAGGAGCUCCAGAUGUCCAAGGGUGCCAGGACAGCAAGCUGCAGGCUGAGCGGGCUACAGCUCUGCAAGAGCGCAAGCAGGCCCUGGAGGCUCUGCUUAACACACGCGUGGAAGAGCUCAAACUCGUCUGUUUGCAGGAAGCAGAGCUGACUGGGAAGUUGCCACGAGCGUUCCCUCUGGAGACGGGGGAGAAACCCCCAGCAGUGCAGCGCAAAGCUGGCCUACCGCCCAACUGCAAGGCAGAAGAUGAAGCUGCACAAAGAAGGCAGAUGAAAGCAAUCUUUAGCGGCACUCUGUACAGACACACGGAGUCAGACCGAAACCUACCAAAUAGCAAGAGGACAGUUCAUCGGGGCUGUCACACAGAGGACAGUGUCAUGUCGGAGAGCACAAGCUCAAUGUCCGAUUCCACAUCUCAUGACAAUGAAUCUUCCCCUGGUGUGGCCGCGGACCAGCGCUCUCUGUCCCAUCCUCGGCUCACUGUGGGUAGUCCUGACCACAGGAUCAGCAGGAAACUCUCUCCUGUCGAGAUUUACUACGAAAUGAGGACACGCCGCAACUCUGUCACAAGCUCUGUCAGCCCAACUCACUCCUUACCUAGAAGUGCAUCUAACGUUGAAGGACGAAGUGUUCCAGCUACGCCUCUCUUGGCCCGAACUGCACCUAUCAGUGUUCAUGUCAGGUCGGACGUGUCUGGCGGCAAUGGCUUAAAGCAGUGGUCUGGCAGUCUAGACGUGCCAUACAUGAUUCCGCUGGCCCAAGAGGCCUCCUCCUCCGACCGAAGAGGCUGCCCGUACAACUCCAGAGCCAGGCGCAGUAACAGCUCGGAGGCCCUGCUAGAUCGGUCCAGUCUCCCUGACGAUCCGGCCCCCAGAAACGGGAUGCACCCAAAGGGAGGUCCCUACAAAAGCUCAGAGACACUCACAGACGGAAAACUACGACACAUUCACCUGGGCAGCCCUGAGAAACACGCGGAGGGAUCUGUGGAACAGGCCAAAAUGCGUCUGUCAAUGGGGGGGCGAGGGGCUGGGGCGGGCUACAACGAGCUGUUGAUGGACUAUAUCUGGGGGAAGCAGCAGAGGAUGCAAGUGCAGCAUCACCUCUUCCAGUCCACGGGCAGGAUCUGGCAGGAUUUACCCUCUCACUGCUCCUCUACUGGAGGAGUGGCUCCCCAUGCUAACGGUUUCUCCCAUUCCCAGGUGCACCUCCCAAGCGCUGCACCUCCUUACAGCCCCAUGGUGGGGCGAGGGUCCCAAGAUAUGCGCAGGGUCAAAGUCACCAGAACCAAAUCCUGUGGGCCCUUUAUUCCUUUGCAGCAACACCCCCAGGACGCCAUCCUGCUGUCCGCCUACGAGUCUCACCUUCCUGCCGCUGGCACGACGACGUCCUCCAUUCCCAACCUGCUUCCCUACCAGACUGAACUCUCCGGCCCGGCCUUCAGUCGAAGACCCCCACAGUUCUCCCUUCCGACCCCAGAGGACUCGACGCGAAGUCUCCACAAAGCCCUGGCUCUGGAGGGACUGAGGGACUGGUACCUGAGGAACGCGCUCGGAUAUCCCUCUAAGAGCCACGACGCGGGGAUUUCACGUCUGUCACACCCCCACCCUCUGGCGGCCCAGGCCCAGAAUGUCCAGGGUGAAGCCGCCAACCUCCCCAGGCCUCAGAUGCCCCAGUCAGCCAGCUUCCAUGGGCACCCGCUGCAUGGCAGAUCGAUGGAGCUUUCCCUCUAUCAGGAGACUCCUAACACUCAGACACAAGACGGGACCCCGAAGGAACCCAUCGCAGAUCCAGGCACCCUUGUCUGACGCAGCCGUACACACACACACACACACACACACACACACACACACACACACACACACACACACACACACACACACACACACACACACACACACACACACACACACACACGUACUGUACACUAACACACACACACUGCAAGUAGCACCAUGCAUUCACCCGAAUACAAACCAGUGGAUACAACGAGACCUCAACAGUGAAACAAAACAUGGCAACCUCAGCAGAAAAAGACUGAUGACAAAGUGUAGCUGUACAGUGUCAAAAAAAAAAAACAAGCCUCAUUAAGUCCGAUAUCUUUGAACAUUUACUAACAGUACGGUCUAUCUAUAUUUUUGGUCCAACAUGAGCAGUCAGAUAACACAGAAACGUCUCCCGAGAUAUACUUUUUUACUCAUUUAAAUCACUAUUUUGUAUCUUCUGGGAUAUACACACAGUUAUAUUGACGCUCAUUAACCAUGUGCGGUGAACAAGUAUUAAUACUUGCCAGUGUGUUUGUGGACUACUUCAAAAAGACCUCAUCUGCAAUUGAUUUUAACAUUUUUUAUUUUUUUACACCCAUUCAUGUUUGUUAAUGUGCAGCUGUGGAAUUGAUGAACGGUAGCUUGCUGGAGUAGCAAUGUUUUUAAUAGAGCGGGAGUAAACGUUGGUUAGAUGACUUUAAAGUAGUGCUGUCAAAUGAUUGUUUUAGGUCUGGGCUGGAAAAAAAUGAGCACAUUUUUCACUAAAUUUUUUUUUUUUUCCCCCUACUUUUUAAAGAAAUCAAUGAAUACAAGUGAUAUAAAUAUUUCAAAACAAGUUUUUCUUUUAUUUGAUCAAAAAGUAGUGGUUUGAAAUGACACUGCAUCUUACUCUUAGCAAAAUUCUCAUUUGAACAAUGUUGUUCUUUUUAGACCAGAUAUAAAUUGAAAAGAAAAGAACUAAAUUAAGAGCUUACUCCGGGAAACAACACUUCUGUAAACAAAAAUGUAGCAUUGCACUUUGCACGCAAAUAAAUAAUCAUCUCCAGCGUUGAAAUUAAUAAAGUGAAAACUAGGGAUGUCCGAUAAUACCCGGCUGCCGAUAUUAUCGGCCGAUAAAUGCUUCGAAAUGUAAUACCGGAAAUUAUCGAUAUUGGUUUCAAAAAGUAAAAUUUAGGACUUUUUAAAACGCCGCUGUACGGAGUGGUACACAGACGUAGGGAGAAGUACAGAGCGCCAAUAAACCUUAAAGGCACUGCCUUUGCGCGCCGGCCCAAUCACAUAAUAUCUACGGCUUUUCACACACACAAGUGAAUGCAAGCAUACUUGGUCAACAGCCAUACAGGUCACACUGAGGGUGGCCGUAUAAACAACUUUAACACUGUUACAAAUAUGCGCCACAAUGUGAACCCACACCAAACAAAAAUGACAAACACAUUUCGGGAGAACAUCCGCACCGUAACACAACAUAAACACAACAGAACAAAUACCCAGAACCCCUUGCAGCACUCCUCAUGUUCUCUCAGGGAGAGCAUGUCCCAAAUUCCAAGCUGCUGUUUUGAGGCAUGUUAAAAAAAAUAAUGCACUUUGUGACUUCAAUAAUAAAUAUGGCAGUGCCAUGUUGGCAUUUUUUUCCAUAACUUGAGUUGAUUUAUUUUGGAAAACCUUGUUACAUUGUUUAAUGCAUCCAGCGGGGCAUCACAACAAAAUUAGGCAUAAUAAUGUGUUAAUUCCACGACUGUAUAUAUCGGUAUCGGUUAAUAUCGGAAUCAGUAAUUAUAAGUCGGACAAUAUCGGAUAUCGGCAAAAAAGCCAUUAUCGGACAUCUCUAGUGAAAACCUAUCAUUUUGUAAAUACAAAUGUAGUAUUAUUCAUUGUAUGCAAAUAAAUCUUCAAGUAAAACAUUGAGAAAACUAUAUAAUAGUUUCGGGCUUUUUUAUUCACAUAUCUUGGCAGUGUGCAGAACGAUUGCUUUAGUGAUCCUUCAUACAUUUGUGUAAAUGAUUCCACCUCAGUAAGCUGAUUUUUAGCUGGGGUUUGUUGUUGUUCCGGUCUUGUUCGCCUCGUAAAGAGUUGUAUUUCCCGUACUCGACUGGAGGCUUUGGUGUAAGAUGCUGGACUAAGUUUGUUAUACUGCUGCCUCUUUCAAAUAAACUUUGCAACGUGCAGUCCUGUUGCCGAAAAACCAAACUUCUUUGGAACAAACGUCUCGCGCUCGUUAGUUUUAGCAUUAGCCAUUAUUUGCUGGGUGUGUGAAUCGGCAAAAAGUAUAGAUUUUGAUGUUUUUCAAUCGUCUGCAACAAAAAACUUUAAUUUAUCAAUAAAAUCGAUAUAUCGCCUAGGCCUGGAUAAUUUUUUUCAAUCAGAUUAAUCACAUAAACUUUGCAGCGUGCAUUCCUUUGUCCCACGCCUGUUUCCGCAAAACCAAACUUCAUUGGAACAAACGUGUCGCGCUCGUUAAUUUUAGCAUUAGCCAUGUUUUGCUGGGUGUGUGAAUCCGCAAAAAGUAUCGAUUAUGUUUUUCAAUCGUCUGCAACAAAAAACUUGAAUCUAUCAAUAAAAUCAAUAUAUCGCCUAGGCCUGGAUUAUUUUUUUCAAUCAGAUUAAUCACAUAAACUUUGCAGCAUGCAGUCCUUUGUCCCACGCCUGUUGCCGCAAAACCAAACUUCUUCGGAACAAAUGUCUCUCGCUCGUUAGUUUUAGCAUGAGCCAUUAUUUGCUGGGUGUGUGAAGUACGCCGAAGCAAAUCGAUUUUUAUGUUUUUCAAUCGUCUGCGACAAAAAAACUUGAAUUUAUCGCUAAAAUCGAUACAACGCCCAGGUGUAAAUUAUUUUUUUCAUUCAGAUUAAUCACACCUUUGAAUUCGGAUUAAUCAUGAUUAACCACAAGCUAAUGCUCGCUUGCUUCAUUUAAAUUAUCCUAAAAAAAGAACCUCAAUAUUUGGAUACAAAUGCAAUUUUAUUGUCAGAAUGUCAUUCAGAAAAAACUGUUUUAGUCUAUUUUAAUACACGUCAUUUAUUUGCUGAAAGCUUGGUAACAGUUUUAUUAAAUGCCCAAUCAAUCCAAUCCAAUCCACUUUAUUUAUAUAGCACAUUUAAACAACAAAAUGUUUCCAAAGUGCUGCACAACAAUGUUAAAAACAAUAUUCAAAUAUUAUCCUUAGCUCCACCAAUGACGGAAUAAAAACUAAAAAUAAAUACAUAUAAAACCAAUAUAAAAUAAAUAUGAUUAAAAACGAUUUUAUAUGGUAAAACCAAUUAAAACAGUAAAUAGAAAUCAAAGUUUUAAAAACACAGAGGACAACAGAGGACCACUCAACUCACGUAGUGUUAAAAGCCAGGGAAUAAAAGUGGGUCUUAAGACGAGACUUAAAACACUCCACUGUGGGAGCAGUUGGAACAUGGAGGGGCAGAGUGUUCCAGAGCUUAGGACCGACCACAGAGAAGGCCCUGUCUCCCCUGGUUUUAAAUCUGGUCUUGGGCACUACGAGCUGGAGCUGGCUCUCGGACCUCAGAGCGCGCGCAGGAUUGUAAGUCAGGGUGUAUUUUGACGUGAAAUCACUCAUUUUAGCACUGACUUAGACUUAGACUUAGACAAACUUUAAUGAUCCACAAGGGAAAUUAUUCCACACAGUAGCUCAGUUACAAUGAUGGAAAGUGUAAGGAUGGAAAGGACAAUGCAGGUAUAAAUAGACUAAAUGUAGCGAUAUAAAAUACAACAUAUAUACGUAAUAUUUACAUAAUAUUUGUACAGUAUAUUUUUAUACUGAUGUAUUAUAUUAUGUCUAUAUCAUAUAUACAAUAUAUAACAAUUACCAUGUGCAAUAUUACAGUAUAUGUGACAGCUUCAGCAUAAAAUAGAGAGUAAAUCCAGCAGAAAAUACAAAAUAGACAUUAAAAACAAAGUAACCUGACAACACAAUACGCCUUUCAGGAGCAUUGACUGUCAAAAUAAAUUGCGUGUAUAUUGGAUUAAUGCGGUCAUUUUUUUGUGAUUAAUCACACAAGUUAACCAGCUCAUUUUUGACAGCCCUUCUUUAAAGUAAGCAAGGUGUUGCUCAAUUUAUUCAGAAUGAUGUCACUCAUUCACAUGGAUGCUGGCUGAUUAAUGUAGCUUUUUUUUUUUUCCCUCUCGGUGUCGACCGGAUACUUUUAGUAAUACUUUCAUGAACAAACUGAGGGCUGUUGUGAGAUCUACUGUACUGCAGUAGCACAUGACUGUGUGACCAGAAGUGGUGGUGUUUUUUCUGAAUGAACAUGACCGUCAUACAGAGCACUUUAUGAACAUCCUAAGCCUUAAAAAAUCCCUAUGAUUUGUCAGCCGGAGAGCAGACAGGCGGGUGUUGUUGACGGGGGGCGAACAAAGCCUUGUCGUCAUCUGCGGGACGCCUGUCUUGUCUGUACAUAGCAGGGGUGCCCAAACUUUUCGCCAAAGUGAGAAUGUGCCAAAAAGCAUUUUUAAGUAGGGGUGUCCCGAUACGUCUUUUUCAUUUCCGAUUUCAUUGGAGCCUUGAGUAUUGGCCGAUAUCGAUCCAAUACAAUAUCAGCAGGAAUCAUAUAAUUUGUAUUAAUUUUGUAUUGUGAAACGUUGAAAAAGGCUGUGAAAUUGUGUAUGAAAGCUAACAUAUUUAUUAUUGCUGUUAGGAAUGGACUUGCUGCCUUUAAAUUGAAGUGGAGAGGUCAUUAUUUUUCUGGCGACACCUCAUUAAGCGGUAAGUUGAAUGAUGCGGACACGUUUGUUACUGGCUACUUUCUAAUAAGCUUUGGCCUUGGAGACUUUGUAUGUGUAAGUAAUAACUCAACCGCAAAUAUUUGAUACUUGUUUAUAUCGACAAAUGUGGUGUUCUAGACAGCAAUAUUGUCCAAUUGAGGACACUUAAUACAAAUGUCUAGCUUGUGCGCUAUUGUGUGCUUAGCUGUUGUGUGGCUGCCAGCUUCUACUAGUCUACGACCUACCAUGUUUACAUUUUGUAAAUGACUAAAAUAGAAGAAAAAGACAGCCGUGUGUGCUUAUUGGAGGACAUUUAGAUGUUAACUGGCUUUUGCUGCAAGACUGCUUGUAUCACAGCAGCUGAUAUCCUCUGUUUUUAUUGCUGAUAUUGGACCGAUAUCAAUUAACUCACCCCUAAUUUUCGGCGUGAAACACAGAGCCUAAAUGUAAAUAAUAAAGUUCCCACUCUUUGAUGGACCAAACAAAAGGACUCGGGGCCCACGUCCCCACUUUGGGCACCCCUGGUAUUUAGUGUACUGAGCUUGUAUUCCCUUGCUACCAAUACACAGCUGUGUUUUAAAACUAACCGUAUGUACCAAUCACGAGCCACUCAAGUGGCGAUAUUUGCUGUGACAAGCAAGGAGGAUGACGUGGACCGAUUACCCAGCAGGCACAAGACAUUGAUACAACGUCGAUUCGUGUUCUUUAAAACUGACUUUGAAACAACAUUGCAAAAUAGUAGUCGGUUGGGGAAAUGACCACAUUUCAAUGUUAUAAUCGCAACCUGACACUGAAUAAAGGUUGUCAAAAAGCAUGUUGUUUCAACGUUGUAUUUGCGUUGUAGAAUAUUGGUCGGGAAAUGACCAAAAUUCAAUGGUCAAAUCAACGUCAGAACCAAUGUUCCCUCCAAGGUGCACGCCUGUGCAAUUGCGCACUGCUCAAGCGUCCUCUGCGCACGGCAAAUCUAUGCCACGCACAAAAUCAAAUAAAAAAAUAAGCGCAUAACAAUUUUCGACACACGGGCACGACAGAGAAAACAGUUUUCGUCAUCAUUGUUCAAAUAUUGUAACGUCUGUCGAGACGCUUUGAGGACAUGAAUUCCAUCCAUCACUUUACUGAGCAAAACUCUUUAUUGUCGGCCAUAAACACAUCACCAAAACAUUAGUAAAAAAAAUGAUAUAUAGCAAAACUGGUCAUUUCAAACCAGACCAAAAGAAACUUUGUUAUAUCAACAGCAGCCGCUCGCUCUUUCUCACUUGCGCCAACACAUGCACAUAUGGCACUUAGCCAGUGAUGCGUUCAAAGCCACACAAAAAGUCGGACAACUCCAACACCACACAUAAAGUGUAAUUCCAGGUUGUUAAAGUUAAGUUAAAGUACCAAUGAUUGUCUUUGACCCAUCCCCUUGAUCACCCCCUGGGAGGUGAGGGGAGCAGUGGGCAGCAGCGUAGCCGCGCCCGGGAAUCAUUUUUGGUGAUUUAACCCCCAAUUCCAACCCUUGAUGCUUAGUGCCAAGCAGGGAGGUAAGGGGUCCCAUUUUUUAUAGUCUUUGGUAUGACCCGGCCGGGGUUUGAACACACAACCUACCGAUCUCAGGGCGGACACUCUAACCACUUACACUAUGAUUUACCAAUCAAAUGUGUGCUUAUUCUAGUGUCAUUUAUUAGGAAUCUUAAUUUAUAAAUAUUAAUCAUGAAAUGCUGUUAGUAUAUUAAAUAAAUACUAAUAAAAAUAUAUUUUUUACAAACAGGAAGUUGCAGGAAUGUACACAUGAUCCCCUGCUUACAUCUCAUUGUGCAACAUGUGAAUGUUUUAAUGGGAACUAAAUGCAAUGUCUGAAAGGGGUACACAUUAUUUCCAAAGCAGGACCUCCACCCACUGUGAUGAGGUGGCGACUUGUCCAGGGUGUACCCCGCCUUCCGCCCGAAUGCAGCUGAGAUAGGCUCCAGCACCCCCCGCGACCCCAAAAGGGACAAGCGGUAGAAAAUGGAUGGAUGGAUGGACCUCCACCCAGACAAACAAUACAAGUACACAGUUCAUGAAAAACAAUAUUUGUUGUUAUUGUCAUUGUAAGUGGGCCUAAACACUUAUGUUAAAAAAGGAAAUGACUGCUGUCAUUUGAUUAUAAUAAUAAGAGAAUGUUGUCUGUCUAUCUGUGUUGGCCCUGCGAUGAGGUGGGGACUUGUCCGGGGUGUACCCCGCCUUCAGCCCGAAUGCAGCUGAGAUAGGCUCCAGCACCCCCCGCGACCCCGAAAGGGACAAGCGGUAGAAAAUGGUUGGAUGGAUGGAGAUUGAACUUAUUUAGUCAGGUUUGAGACAGGUGUGCUGCUGGUGUAGCCACAGUGUGCACGUCUGAUGUUGCUCACAUGGGCUCCACUGAAUGCUCAGGGAGUUUUUGCGUUUGCUCACACACAUGAAAAAUUAGAGGGAACAUUGGUCAGAACCCCGCAUUGAUUAAACGUCGUCAAAAAGCAUGUUGUUUCAACUUUACGUUCGAGUUGCUCCACAUCAGGAGCGAAGUCGACAAGUUCUCAACGUUGUUUUAACGUCUUGUGCCUGCAGUUGUGAAUGACGGCGUGAGCAGGUCUCACACCACACUUUGUGAGAGGUCAUCUUUUCUGAUCAUUUGCAACAAUUUUAGCAUUCUUACUCAUUUUUGUUGAUUUUUUUUUAAUUUUUAAUGAAAGUGCAACAUAAACCUCUAAAAAUGUGAGCAUCAAAUGAAAUAGUAGCAUAUUUAGGGACAUAUACUGUAUAUUCCUUAUUUGUCAAAAAUGAUGUUUGGACUCAUUUGAAUGUAUUCGCUCUCCUCCUGUACGUUGACAUAUUUUUUACUCUGAAGUGUAGCACCCUGUGGAAAUGAUAUGCGUUCUUCUAAUGUACACAACUAUACAGUUUUCUGCACUGCGGGUUAAAAAUGUAUUUUUCUUAGAGAGUUAAAAAGAAACGCUGUCGCUUUAAAGCUGUGUAUUCAUAAACUUGAAACACUUUGGAGCAGUCUACCGUGGCUCCUUCUCAUCGGUGGAGAUUACUACUAUAUGUUACAAGUGUUAUAUUCAGCAGUGUGACUUGUUAGUAUUUGAGUCUCUUUAAAAGAAUAUAUUUAAGUACCUCCCUUUAUUAGCAGGUCUAUGAAAUCAGGCUCGAUGGGCCUGCUCUAUACUGUAUGUACAUGUGCGUAUGAGAUUGUGCUUUCAUUCUACUAAAAUAAAGUUUCAUGUUGCAAUCACGUUGUUUAGUGGAUGGAGAAAUAUAUUAAAACAAAAAAAUCCAGUGCAUACAUUACAUCAGGGUCCCCAAACUACGGCCCGCGG